GUGGGAUGUCGAUAGCUACAUAUAUGCUGUCAUUACCUCCGUGGCUUCAAGUCCGGACAUUGACCUGAAGAAACAUCCACGCAACACCUACAAUCGAAAUACAAGCAAGAUGACGCGAGUUCUACUCACAGGAGGAAGCGGCUUCAUCGCCGCACACACACUCGAUAUCCUGCUAGACCACGGACACAGCGUGGUUACAACGGUGCGCACGCAGGAGAAGGCGGACAAGAUUAAGGAGUCUUACAAGAGCGCAGUCGACAAGGGUCAAUUGAGUUUCGCAAUUGUGCCGGACAUUGCACAGCCGGAUGCUUUUGAGAAGGCAGUCAUCUCAGACCCUCCGUUCGAGGCUGUACUUCACACUGCUAGUCCGUUCCAUUUCAAUGUUACAGACGUACAAAAGGAUUUGAUUGACCCUGCUGUCAUUGGAACAACUGGAAUCUUGAAGUCGAUCAAGAAGAGCGCGCCUUCCGUCAAGAGUGUCGUCAUCACAUCCUCGUUUGCCGCCAUCGUCAACGGAAGCAAAGGCUUCUGGCCGGGACACUCGUACUCAGAGGACGAUUGGAACCCUAUCACACAAGAUGAGGCGCAGGAGAACCCGAUGAUGGGAUACAGAGCGAGUAAGACGUUUGCUGAGAACGCGGCAUGGGAGUUUGUCAAGAACGAGAAGCCCAACUUCACCAUCUCUACGAUCAACCCCCCGAUGGUGUUCGGGCCAAUUGUACACGCUCUAGACAGUCUCGACAACAUGAACACGUCAAACCAGCGAAUCCUGUCGGCUGCACAGGGCAAAUUCAAGGACGAAAUCCCUGCCAGUGGAGUACAUCUGUGGGUGGAUGUCCGCGAUGUUGCAGAGGCACACGUAGCUGCGUUCGAGAAGCCAGACGCUGCCAACAAGCGCUUCUUCGUCACGGCUGGCUACUUCUCCAACAAGGAGCUAUGCCAAAUCAUCAAGAAGAACUUCCCAGAGUUCAAAGACCUGCCGAGCGACGACACACCUGGCGGUGACUACCCAGAAGGCACUCCUGAGAAGGGUCUGUAUGGAUACAACAACAAGCGCUCCAUUGACGUUCUUGGCCUAAAGUACAAGACUUUUGAGCAGUCAAUCGUUGACUCUGUCAAGUCAUUCCAGAAAAAGGGGUUGUAGAGAUCAACGCGAAUUGCGCGUAAUGGCAGACGUAAAAUAUUGGUACGAUUCGAUUCGCUAUGUAUACUAUCUAGGCGGCGCGCUUGAUCGAGCGCAAAAGCAUCUGUCGCAUGCAUAGUGAUCUAGAAGACGAGAUGUCAGCAUUUGAAAUCCUCGAACGAUAGAGAAUACAAAGUGGAGAUGAGCAAUCAGCCUGUUGAGCUUGAAUUAUUUUGGACUUCACCGUGGUUUACGAAGCCACUCGGAAGUUAUCGUUUGUGUUGAUCAUCAUGUUGCAAGGAGAUGAAGAUGAAUGGGAAGUGCUUACCUGUAGAAUGUGAGCGCGACGCUGACCACUGCAAGCUGCAUAAAGCUUGAUGUUGGCCGGCGAUGGCGCUCUGGAGU